AUGAAUGGAUUUAACACACGGAAGUGUUUUGGAAACGUGAAAAAUAUCGUAGCUUGCGUGAUAAAAUCCAUCACUUCAGUUCUGGAAAAUAAUGCAUUAUUUAGCAAGACCAUGAAUGAACCUGCUCCUCAAACCCAAAUAGAGAAAACUUUUACAUUUGAGGGCUGUGGAGAUACUCAGUCAUUAACUGUGUCUAUUCCUGAGGUUCUUGAUCCACAAUAUGGCAUGUAUGUUUGGCCCUGUGCAGUGGUGCUGUCACAAUAUCUGUGGAUGGCAAGAGAGGAACUGCAACACAAGACUGUUCUUGAGCUUGGUGCUGGGGUGAGUUUGCCUGGUGUAGUGGCUGCUAAGUGUGGCGCUCACGUUAUUCUGUCGGACAGUGUAGAUUUCCCUCUCUGCCUGGAGAACUGCAGGCGCUCCUGUAAUGUCAAUAACCUCCCCAGUGUACCUGUGAUCGGACUCACCUGGGGACAGAUAUCCCCAGAACUCCUCUCUCUGCCACCUGUGGAUGUUAUCCUGGGAUCAGAUGUAUUCUAUGAACCUGAAGAUUUUGAAGAUGUACUUGUGACCAUCUCCUUUCUAGUUAGGAGAAACCCUCAUGCUCAAUUCUGGACAUCUUACCAGGAGAGAAGUGCUGACUGGUCCAUAGAAGCCUUGUUACACAAAUGGGAUCUGAAGUGCAUUAAUGUUCCAUUAGAAACAUUUGAUGCGAACAAAAACCACCUAGCUGGAUCAACUCUUCCUGGGAAUCACACCAUACAAAUGCUGAUUAUAACAGCAAAAGAUAACCAUCAAUAAAUGAGUGUACAAGUUCUAUGAAUUCUUGGUGUUUGAGUACUUGUAUAUAAAACGUUAAAUUAUUCAAUCGUUUAUAAUACAUAAAACUUGAAAAAAAAAAGACUGAAACCGAGGAAUACUACAUCCUAACAGUAACACUAACAUUUCUAACGUUACUGUUAGUCUUUUAACGGGUUAAGUCAAUACAACAUUAAAAUGCUCUUACUUGCUUUCAUUUCAUUUGUGACUAUUAUUCCAAUAUUAAUAAUAUAAACCUGUUCUGUAGUUUCUUUAAAAUGUA